UAUCUGCACCGGACGUUUCUUGAGUUUGCUCAGUCACUGAUACAUGCUACGAGAGAGUUCUUAACUGGAAAGAACAAGGGAAAGUGACUAUCAUGCCCCUUCUUCCCACUCUUCACCUUCAAAUUCUUCAGUGUCUUCACCUUCAACACUUGCAACACUGAGAACCCGUUAACGGAAAUGGUUUGUGUUUAUAGCCUCUCUCGUUUUGACGCAACCAUUCCUCCCUCUUCAUUCCUCGGUUCCUCCGUGUCAUUUCCAAGCACUCAUGUCGUUUCCAACCACAAGUUCUCGAUACUAUCAAUGACUAUUAAGCGAAGCUCUAAGCGUCUCAAAUACACCGCUCCUCGUUUCACCAAGGAGGAUGGGUUGGUGUACAUUGAAGCUGAUCCAUCAGGCUCCGACACGUGGAAAUUGGAACCAGUUGUUAAUCUCUUGAAAGAAGGUGCUGUUGGUGUUAUCCCUACCGAUACCCUAUAUGCUAUAGCAUGUGACUUGAGAUGCCAAUCAGCUAUUGAACGACUUCGUAGAAUCAAGAAUAUAGAACCUUCUAAGCCUCUUAGCAUCUUAUGCCACUCGUUUCGGGACAUAGACAAAUUUACGACUGGAUUUCCUCGUGGUGAUGGUCAAGGCCAUGCAAAUUUAUUCAAAGUAGUUAAGCAUUACUUGCCUGGUCCAUACACUUUCAUCUUAAUGGCAAGCAAAGAAUUACCUAAGCAGUGUAUAAGGGUUGGGACUUCAUCUGCUAAAUAUGCAUCAAGGAAAAAUGUGGGUGUUCGUAUGCCUGAUGAUGCCAUUUGUCAAGCAAUACUUAAGGAGAUGGAUUCACCAUUAAUAUGUACAAGCAUCAAGUCUCUGAAGGAAGAUGAGUGGAUGAUUGAUCCAGUUAUGAUAGCUGAUACAUAUGGACCAGAGGGUCUUGAUUUCGUCGUUGAUGGUGGUGUACGAGUGGCUGAUCCAUCCACAGUGGUUGACAUGACAAAAAUUCCUCCCAGAGUCCUUCGCGAAGGAAAGGGUCCUAUUCUACCAUGGAUGGUUUUGGAAGAUGAUCAGAAAGCUGAUGUUGAUAAAGAUCUCAUACCGGCUGCAAUUUGAAAGAUAAACAUUGAUUCUUAUGGAAGACUGUACAAAAACUUGUCAAUGAUUUCUUUUGUCUUUUCCCAUUUGACCCCAUCUCUCCCAAUGAAUUUUCCUUUGUUAUUUAGUAUUACUCCUUUUUUGGGCAUACAAGAACAAACGAAGGAAAGAUAUGUAUGAAAAUUGUAAACAUCAAAGAAAAACUGUUAUA